CGAAGGGAGCUUCCUGGCCGGAGCCGGCGCGGCGGGACUCGCGGAGGUUGUGAGACCGGCCUUCCGGGCGCCAUGCCGUCCGCGUUCUCCGUCAGCUCUUUCCCCGUCAGCAUCCCCGCCGUGAUCACGCAGACGGACUGGACGGAGCCCUGGCUGGUGGGGCUGGCUGCCUUCCACGUGCUGUGCCUGCUGCUCACAUGUUUCUCAUCCCAGAGGUAUAAGCUACAGAUUGGGCAUUUCCUGUGCCUGGUGACUUUAGUCUAUUGUGCUGAAUAUAUCAAUGAAUUGGCGGCCAUGAACUGGAGAUUAUUUUCAAAAUACCAAUAUUUUGACUCCAGGGGGAUGUUCAUUUCCUUAGUAUUUUCGGCACCACUGCUGUUCAAUGCCAUGAUCAUCGUGAUCAUGUGGGUGCGUAAGACUUUGAGUGUGAUGACAGACCUGAAGAGCUUGCAAGAGAAGAGAAAAGAGAAGGGAAGGAGGAGGAAAGAAGAAUGACACGGUGGCAGCCACCCCGGGUCAGGUCCCCUCCACCGUGUUGUCUCUGGUUGGGGCACCUGUGGCACAGGCCCUCUCGGCAGCUGACUCCUGGCUUGAAAGAGGUUCUUCUAUCCUUUUUCCAUCCACAGGGAUAGAGCACACGCUGAAGCUGGCUUUUAUAGCAAAGCCUAAUCUGUGUCCAUGAGGACACUUCUUAAACCUGGAUCUGUCCAUAGAGUGUUUGGGGUUUUUCUGAUUCAGCUGUAGGGAUAGUUAUUCAAUUUGAAGUAGUUCAUGUCAUUUAUGUGAUUAGCAUUAAUCAUAAAAUGCUCAGUCAGUAUUAAAUAUGUGAAGCUAAACAGUAAACAGCAUCAUCUUCUUUGUGGGCACCGUUACCUGCGCAUCGCACAGUGCGUUCUAGUCUACAACAGUGGCUCAGCUGAGGGCAGUGUUGCCCCGGGGGACAUGGGACAGAGUGUGGUGACAUGUUGGUUGUCACUGGAGGGGAAGGAGCUCCUUGCAUGCAGCAGGCAGGGCCCAGGAAUGCCACUGAACACCCUGCCGCAUGCAGGACACCCUGCCACAAGGAGGAUCUGACGCACACGCCAGCAGGGCCGAGGCCCAGAGGCCUUUGAGGCAAGGUCUAGAAAGCACAUCCGGUCUCAGUGUAAUGAAUGAGCACUCCACAAAUGUCCCCACACGCUAGGCCCUUUCAGACAAAUAGGAUCAGGGGCUACUUCACUGAAAAUAUUUUUAGUUAAGGUUUUAAACUGGAACGGAGCUGUAAGGUCAGAAUUCCGUGGAAAAGAGCGUGUUGGGUGAAUGAACCCUUUCAUUUUUUUGUUUUUCAGGAUGCAAACUUACAAAUACAGAAGUAUUCAAUGAAUAAUUUAGUUGUUUCUGCCAUAUUUACGACACAGGUAGAUUAUGUUCCUUCCUAAGUUUCACAUUUCUAUUUUCUUGGCAGUGUGAGUGCUCAGGAACAUAAUGCUGUCAAUUCUGGUAGAACGAGUGUGCUAUUACUUCACAAUGUCUACUUUAUAAAAUAGCUCGGGUUUGGUACGCUCUUGGCUUCUGUCAAAUCUGGAGCUGUAGCUUGAGAAGACAGGUGCUUAGAGACCCAAAUCUUUAAAAACAUAGUGUUUAGUAAAGGGAAUGC